AUGGGGCCCUUGAAGACUAUUCUCUCUGUUGCACUGGCAGCCUGCUGGGCUCUCCCUGUUUUCGCCGCGGAUCUUGACCCCAUUGUGAUCAAAGGAUCUCGUUUCUUUUACAAGACCAGUGGUCAGCAGUUCUUUAUUAAAGGAGUGGCGUAUCAAGACAGCGAUAACACUGUCGACUCAUACAAUGACCCCCUUGCGAACCCCAAGGGAUGCAGGAGAGACGUUCCUCUCCUCAAGGAGCUACACGCGAACGUAGUCCGGGUGUAUGCCAUCCAUCCUGAAAAGAACCAUGACGAAUGCAUGCGGCUGUUUGCCGAUGCCGGUAUCUACGUCCUGGCUGACCUGGCCGAGCCGUCCCAGUCGAUCAACCGUGACACGCCCGAGUGGGAUGUCAAGCUCUAUGAUCGAUACACGUCCGUGAUUGACUCGCUGGCGAAGUAUACGAAUGUCAUUGGGUUUUUCGCAGGGAAUGAAGUUACUAACGACCGCUCCACGACGGAUGUCAGUGCCUUUGUGAAGGCUGCGGUCCGAGACAUGAAGGCUUACAUCUACGAGAAGGGAUAUCGACAGAUGGGCAUUGGGUAUGCGACUGAUGACGAUGCAGAUAUUCGACGGAACCUUGCUGCGUACUUUGACUGCGGCAUAGAUGACGAGCGUAUUGACUUUUGGGGCUAUAAUAUCUACGAGUGGUGUGGUGACUCUACCUUUGAGACAUCUGGAUACGCAGACCGCACCAAAGAGUUUGCUAAAUAUAAUGUUCCGGUGUUCUUUGCGGAAUAUGGAUGCAAUACAAUCCAACCCCGGAGGUUCAGCGAGGUGCAGGCGAUUUACGGCCCCCAGAUGACAGGUGUCUGGUCCGGCGGGAUUGUCUACAUGUAUUUCCAAGAACAGAACAACUAUGGACUUGUCGAUGUAUCUGGAUCCGGGAUCAAGAAGCUUCCGGAUUUUACUGCUUUCGCGAACCAGAUGGCCAAGGUGAGCCCCAAGGGGCCCAAAAUGGCUGCUUACACACCAGUGAACACGGAGAAUGCCCCCUGCCCUACCGUAAGCAGUGGUGUCUGGGAAGCAUCGCCAAAACUGCCCCCAACGCCGGACAGGGAGCUCUGUGACUGCAUGACGAGGUCCAUCACCUGCCGAGCCAAGUCUACUGUACCCGACGAGGACCUGUCUCGACUCUUUUCGACCGUGUGCGGGCUUUCCCCUAUGGCCUGUGAAGAAAUCGCCUCCAACGCAACGAGCGGCGUGUAUGGAAUGUACGGGAUGUGUAGCCCGAUAGACCAGCUGUCCUGGGCAUUCAACACGUACUAUGAGGAACAACUCAAGAGAGGAAACGGACACACCGCCUGCGACUUUGGCGGUGCAGCAGCUACGCAGACGGCGGUCAAGCAGCCCGUCUGCACCGUCAAACCACAGGUAUCUAUAAAGUCGUCGAAGAGUAAUGCACCAACGUGGAGGAAUGCCAGUAGCUGGGACGUCGCCGGCAUAAGAUAUGCCAUCUUUGCAGGACUAGGCCUGUUUUUGUUUUGA